CGAUUCCUUUUAUUUUAACCGACACUUCCUGUCCAGCUCUGCUCUCCCUCUUCUUCACUCGCACAAACUAGAGUCGAGUCAAGUCAAGUCACAUAAAUUUUUAGUGAAACCGGAGACGUUGUUGAGUGUCCAACAACUUUGUUUCAACUCUCAAGCUUUGCGCAAACAAUGAGUAAAUUGAAAAAAUACGCUGCCGGGUCAUCUAGCCACCAGUCAAUGGGGAUCAUUAUUGAGAAAAUGCAACAAGAGAUCUAUUCAGGCCAGACCGGUAAGGCGAAAUCGAAGGUGCAACGCUCAGUCAAGGCCAAUUAUAAGAUGAAAGUAGAAGACAGGUAUACAGUCCACAUCAAGAGUAGUACUAAGGUGGAAAUGGCAGGAACUAAUUUCCAGUCAUCAGUCAAAAUCAAAGAGCAGAAAACGGAAAUGAUCGAGUUCUCGAAUUCUUCCGGCCACACAAACUGGAACGUCGGUCGACUAAUGCUUCCAUCGUUAGAGAUCGGGAGUACUGCGCAUGAUUCCGACCGCAAACGCAAACGCGUGGAGAGUAAGGGGCAAGUGAAAAAAACAGGACCAGUAAGGAAGAGUAGUAACCAGCGCUCGGGAACUUGCACUUGCCACAAAACCAGGACCGGUACCAAGAGGACCAGUACUAAGACUAGUACUAGGAAAGAGAAAAAGAGUACUGAAACCCGAUCAAACACUCAAUUAGGCUGUACGUACGUUGAUGUAUCUGAUGAUACGUGGGAAUCAGAUACGUGGGAUUAUGCCUAUUAUUAGGUACAAUUUACUUGUAAUUGUUGUUUUCUUUAGUUCCACUGGUCUUGGAUUUGUAAUUCUGUACAGGGAAUCCGAUGGGAGUUAAAUAGACUCGGAUGCCUCGGAUCAUCCUGUAUAUAUAAUAAGUGUUGGAUUGGCUAUUCUAUUAGGCAAACUUUAGCUAAUAUUACAAUUUUUUGCUUUUUGUCUA